AUGAGCGAGCGUUAUCAACGUUGGUUGCAAAUUUUCAAACAACUCAAUAAAAACUCACCAACCAAAGAAGAUAUCGAAUUGAUUGCACCAUCACAUAUUAAAGAGGAAUAUUUGAAGUUGCAUCCGCCAAAAAAAGUAGUUUCGAAACCGACUCCAAAAGUGAAACUCAAAAGGUCAUUCGAUGAAAGGGAUUGUCUUCCUGAACCAGUGUUAAAGAAACACCGCGCUGAUGUGGUUAUUACCUCAAGGAGCGAAACGAUACUUCAAACCAAAGAUUCAGCAUUAUUAAGACGGUCACCUCGGAAACACCCUUCAUCACUGGUUCGUCCAACAGCAUCUAAAAAAAUUAAUUCGCCUUCCAAACCAGUGGCACGUCGAAGUUUAACAAAUUUACUGGAACCAGAAACUUUUCAAAAUAUCGAUAGGUUGUCUCCGAAUUUUGUAGUACCAGAAAGUGAACCUCCUGCACAUGUCGCUCAAUUGCACAACGAUGAGCAGAUAUUACGUCGUUCUCCACGAAAACAUCCUUCAUCAUACAAUGAAGUCCUACUAUCGCCACAAAAACCUUUACUAUUAUCACAACCAAUCAUUUGUCGUCGCUUGAGCAGUUUACUAGGUUCAGUAAGUGAUAUUGAAAAUGAAAAGGAAAGUAUCAGCUUAAAUAGUUCAUAUGAAGCAAUCAAUGAAGAUGAAAAUAAGAAAAAUCCGGAACAAAAUUCGCAAGAAUUGAUUAACAUAGGUGCUGAAGAAGAGCAACAGCCAUUUGUUGAUGAAAAGAAAUGUUUAAAGAGGAAAUUAAGAGAAAAAAAUCAAAAUUAUCGACGUUUAAAAAUGAAAAAGAGUUAUGUACGUGGUACUUCAUUAGCAAAGAAGAAUUUCAGAAAAUGGCGAAAUACUCGUAACAAACGCUGA